CUGUACUGUGUCCACAGUCUCUGGUCAUCUCCUGUACUGUGUCCGCAGUCUCUGGUCAUCUCCUGUACUGUGUCCGCAGUCUCUGGUUAUCUCCUGUACUGUGUACGCAGUCUCUGGUCAUCUCCUGUAUUGUGUCCGCAGUCUCUGGUCAUCUCCUGUACUGUGUCUGCAGUCUCUGGUCAUCUCCUGUACUGUGUCUGCAGUCUCCGGUCAUCUCGUGUACUGUCGCGUCUUAUGGAGCGAAAAAUUCAGUACUUAAAA